UCCCCUGCCGGCGGGCUGCGGCUGGGCCGGGCGGCGGCUGGGGCUCGCCUCGACCCUGCCCGUGCCGGGGAGCCUCGCGGCGGCGGAGGACAGAUGCUUGUGAAUGCCCCAUGGCGGCAGCAACCUCUAUUCAUUCAUUUAUUGCCUAUUGUAACUUGGAAACAUUCUUUAGGUCAGUUGAUCAUCUGGGACCCCUCUCUGCCUUCUGGUUAAGGAAUCCAUGCACACAUACAGGAUGACUCAUCAGUGGGAUGGAUGUUCAGACACCAGAAAGGUGCUGGUAACUUGACAGGAACUUCCACAUUCUUUGGAGGAAUCAGCAAAAUUUUUAAUGCAGCCUGAAAGGGGAGGAAAAAAAUAAGCAGAUCCUUGAACCAAGGGGAGGAAGAAAUAAGCAGAUGCUUGAACCAAGCUAAAUUUAGCAAGACUGAGCAAUUGAAAAGCGUGUUCUGUAUGGUUGAUUAGUUCAUCCACUUACAAUGCAAUGGAGUGCCUGUUCAUUGGGCUGAAGAUAUACCUUCUGUACUGGAAACUGACAGGCAACUGUACAGUUUGAAUACACUGGAUCAUUCCAGUACCUGAAGCUGAUUACGUUCACAAUGAAGAGAGCUAGGCAGAAGGUUGCUGUAGAAAAUGAAGCUCCGCAAACAUUACAGAAAUACAAGAAACAGAGAACUUGUUUCCGUGGAUCAACGUUUGGUGAAUCCAACUUGCACACCUUGGAUUGGGGAAGCCUUCCGCACCAUGUUAUUCUGUGUAUUUUUCAGUUUCUGCCCUUAGUAGAUCGAGCUAGGGCAUCUUCUGUUUGUCGAAGGUGGAAUGAAACUUUUCAUGUCCCAGAUCUCUGGAGGAAGUUUGAAUUUGAACUUAACCAGCCAGCUACUUCUUACUUAAAAUCUACUCAUCCUGAUCUCAUUCAGCAGAUUAUCAAGAGGCAUGCUGAUCAUCUGCAGUACGUCAGCUUCAAGGUUGAUAGUAGUACUGAGUCUGCAGAAGCAGCCUGUAACAUCCUUUCUCAGUUGGUGAACUGUUCUAUAAAGACACUGGGUUUGAUUUCUACAGCAAAACCAAGCUUCAUGAAUGUCUCUCAGGCUCAUUUUGCUUCAGCACUGACGGUAGUUUUUGUAAACUCCAAGUCAUUAUCAUCAAUCAAGAUAGAUGACACACCAGUUGAUGAUCCUUCCUUGAAGGUUCUUGUUGCUAAUAAUAGUGAUACUCUAAAACUACUAAAAAUGAGCAGUUGUCCUCAUGUGUCACCUGCUGGAAUUCUUUGUGUUGCUGACCAGUGUCAUGGACUUAAGGAACUGGCUUUGAACUACUACAUUUUAAGUGAUGAACUAUUGCUGGCUCUUUCAAGUGAAAAACAUGUUGAUCUGGAACACCUUCGGAUAGAUGUUGUGAGUGAAAAUCCUGGACAAGUUGAAUUUCAUACUAUUAAAAAGCAAAGCUGGGAUGCUCUUGUGAAACACUCCCCCAAAGUCAACAUUGUGAUGUAUUUCUUCUUAUAUGAAGAAGAAUUUGAUGCCUUCUUCAGAGAGGAAACCCCUGUUACACACCUUUACUUUGGUCGUGCAGUAAGCAAAGCCAUGUUGGGUCGUAUUGGCAUGAAUUGCCCAAGGUUAAUUGAGCUGGUUGUGUGUGCUAAUGGACUUCAGCCUUUGGAUGAUGAACUUAUUCGAAUUGCUGAGCGCUGUAAGAACUUAACAGCAAUGGGUCUUGGUGAAUGUGAAGUAACUUGUAGGGGUUUUGUUGAAUUUGUAAAGAUGUGUGGAGGCAGGCUCACGCAGCUUUCUAUAAUGGAGGAGGUACUGAUUCCAGAUAAUGACUAUAACUUGGAUCAACUUCAUUCUGAAGUCUCCAAACAUCUUGGAAGAAUAUGGUUUCCUGAUAUGAUGCCGACAUGGUGAACUGUCUACAUCUGUGGAUAAACUGGUAGAAUCAGGAUGUUGCUCUCUAUGCAAAUAAGCAACUUGAAAUCUGGAAAUAGAUUUCAUAUUUUAUUUUCAGUUUCUCUUCCUUGAGAACCUGUAGUGAGGCAACAGUAAAUCAUUCAAGAAUGUUUAUGGUAUAGUGCAAUAGAAAUUAAGUGUACUUAACAGUAGACACUCUUGAAAGUAUGUCCAUGGUUUACAGGUACUUUUUUACUUCAGUUAAUUAGACUUCUCUGAUUUAGCUUCAGUUUAAUUGUUCCAUUCAAGUUAAACUUUUUUUUUUUUUUUUUUUUGUAUUUUAUGUCUUUGCUUAGUCUUUCCGAUGUAGUCAGAAGAUGACUAGAGAAACUUUCCUCCUUGAGCAAAUCUUGCUUGUGGGGAGCUGGAUAAAACUUGGUGUUCAGGAAAACAGUGUUGUUUGCCAUGAUUUGUGCAGCAGACUUUCAAAGUACUCUUGCUGUAAGUGUAAAGGCUCAUACUUUAUAUUUGAGUAACCUGAACUAGUGUAAGUAUUUUGAUUUAGCUUAAGUCCACUUAAUGUCAGCACGUUAAAGUGGUGUGGUAAGUAAUAAGUUUAUACUCCAAAACCCUUCCGAUUUUAAAUUGCACUUUAAGUCACUUUAUAAGAUUAGCUAAAUUGUAGUAUAUUAUUUUUCUAUCUUAUGCACUAAAGUGGAUGGGAAAUAAUUUGUUAAAAAUUAAUGAAUUUAAAAGUUUGAAUCUAAGUUGAUUACUUGGAUCAGUGGCAAAGCACAGAAUAAAAGGAAUAGCUUUUGUGUUUGAGGGUUUCAAGUCUUUGAUUUUGAAAAUUGACAUCUGGAUGCUGUUCCAUGCUUCCAUUAUUAAGAGAUUUUAAAGAUUUCAUAAGAAUGACCAGCUAAAAGGAAGGUUUGAAAAGAAAACAGUGGUCUUCAGUCACUUUCUACCUGGAAGCAAGGGUUUAGAACACUUGCAAAACUAUUUGCCAUUUAGAGGCCACAGUGAUCUGUAAUAACUUUGCCUGGAUUUGCCACAGUAACUUUGCCACAGUUCUCACUGAACAGUGGUGUAAGCCCUGAUUCCUAGAUCAUGUAUUUGCUGGUUCCUGAAAUUUUUGAUUCAAGAAGGAUUUUAUGACUCUUUAGUACUUGUUGCUCUUAAUUGUUUUUUGAGAAAGAUUCUAUUCCUUGUUUGUGGGCAGGGGAAAAGAAGAGGGAGUUGAUACAAAUUAGAAUAUAUUUGUGAUAUUUUGCACUGUUUGUAAACUAAAAUGCAUUAUAUACGAAUAUUACUGUAAUAAUUUUCUUGCUGUAGUUGGUUUAUCUUCCUGUUUGUAAUGAGAUGUGUACAUUUGAUGAAUGGUGGCAUUUGUCAUGUUAGAUAAAAUGUCAGAUAGUUUCUUCCGCAGUUAAAUUUCUUUUCUGCAAAAGUAACUGCCGUGGUUUGUCUAAAACUGCUAUUACCUUGGACAGAAUUAUUUUAUGACUUGUUUCCAACUAUAAGCUAAAGGAAUUAAGAAGAUAAUGCAUGUCUGAAUCAUUAGUGAAUUUUUACCUGUUGCAUAAUUGUGUGGGUGUGGGGAGGGAUAGGGCAGCAAAAAAAAAAAGGGCAGCUGACUGGUUACUAGCACUUAUUAGCCAAGCGCUUGCUUCCAUAAUCGAGGAGGUUAUGAUUUACUUUUGACCAGAAAACUGAAAUAUUUCUAGACAGUAUUUGGUUUAAGAUGCGUGCUUUGCUCUGAUUGUAAACUUAAUAAACUGAUCGAAUAUAUGAA